AUGAUCCGACGAGUUUCUGCUGAACUGCGUCAUAAAGAGCAUAUUAUGUCAGCAUUAGCACUGACUUGUCGAUGGUUUAAAUGUCGAUCUUUGGCUGAGUUUGAUGACCUAUUUCUGGCAAGCUUUGUCGUUCGUUUGUUAGAAAAUAAUGUCAUCGCGAAGCAGCAAGAUCUCCUUACUGUGCUAAGAAAUAUAUUCUCAGCCAUUGUGAACUGGGAUACGUCCGCGGCAAUAGGAUUCCAACCGGAGGAUAUGGAUGAAGAUGUCCUAACAGCUCAUAUGACAGCUUUCGAUGUUGUGUUUCUGGAUAGUACAGGUUAUUGGAAUAUUGCUAGCGGUAUAUCAAAGGAUUCUUUACUGCUGGCGAAAGCGGACCUCAGCCGUUCUAUAGCAUCUCUUGGUGACCCUCUUGCAUUCGACACAUUGUUCUUAGAGCAACACAAUCUUUUUUCGUCAUUUGAUCACUACUUCAAAGUAGAUUUGAUCUCAGAAAGCAAAGAAGUUUUGCUUAAACUCCCAGAGUGUACUAUCGAUACUGUGGAUGAGAAUGAUCGCUUGCUCAAAUUUGUCAAAAAACUUAGCGAGGUAAUAAAUAAUUGCAUGGAUGAGCGAUUUGAGAAUUUGUACAUACAGCGGCUCUCGGACGUCAAGGAGCAAAAAACUUCACUGUUGCUUGGUUUUCGCAUCAAGAGAGGCUGGACAAAUCCUUUGACCAUGGGUCCCGUGGCAACUGAUCCGACUGCGAAAGGUGUGCUCUGUUAGCC